AUGCAUGAAGACUUGCGCAGAAGAGCUCUGGAAAGUGGCAAGACGGUGUCCAACCGGGCCAAAUCGAAACAAUCGUCACGCGGAAGUUCUCGAGGCAACUCAGCCGCUAAUUCCCGCGUCGCAUCUCGAGUCCAGAGCAGAGAUGUGUCUGAUGAGGAAGACGCCGGAAAUGGAAAUUUGAGCGAUGAUACCACACCGAGUAUCAAUUCGAUCGACGCCCUCCUCGAAAGCGACGACUUCAAUGAGCAAACGACGGACGUCCUCCGACAAGAUCUUGGCGACGCGAUCUCUGAUCUUCUAGAUAGAAAGGGCAGCAGCACCAAGAGCCGGGAAGAUUCUCUAACCACCUAUGUCAAAUGUCUGACCUCGCACUAUCUCGCCGAAGUCUUGUAUGGCCGAGUCUCCGAGCUGCUCACCGCAUUCAGUCGGAGUAUCAAGGCGGAAACGAGCGAGAAAGAAACCACGCUGGCAUUGCGGGCGAUGGCCCUCACCGCCAUUACAUUCGCUGACCAUACACUCUAUGACGCGGUUUCUGCGUUGUUGAAACGGUCCAUCUCCGAUUCACAAUCCCCCGUCGUCAAAGCGGCGGCCAUCUACUCCAUCGGAAUAUGUAUUUCGUUCGGCGGCGCGGGAGAUGAAGAAAUCAUGGAUGUCAUGACCUUUUUGCUGGAAAUUGCCUCGAGUGAUGGUGCAUUCAUCGGGGCCGAUGACGACGCCGACGUGGUUGCGGCAGCGUUGAACACAUAUGGAUUCCUGACCACCCAAGUGGACGACGUCGAGUACGAAUCGGAAGACGCCGUGGCCACGUUUCUGGAUCAAUUGGACGCGGACAACGUCAAGGUUCAAGUGGCAGCGGGGGAAGACAUUGCCUUGCUGUACGAGAAAAGCUACUCGCCCAGAGAAGAGGAUGAAGCCAUGUCAUCGGGAGACGACGACGAGACGGGUUCGUCAGAUGAAUUGCCGGCCGCGCGAGAUACGUCCGACCUUGUCAAACGAUACAACGCCUACCACAACGCCCAUGAAGUGUUGGACAAGGUGACGGCGCUGGCCUCCCUGAGCACCAAAUCGAUGAACCGCAGGGACAAGAGAUUGUUGCACCAAUCUUUCUCCAGCAUUUCAUUGACGGUGCAGAAUCCGAAACGAGGACUCCAGGCCAGCAAUUCCUCCAAGAUGGUCGUGCGAAUUCAUCGUGAGGGAGAGAUGCGCGUGGACAAGUGGUGGAAACUCAUGCGGUUGAACGCCAUUCGACGGCUUUUGGGAGGGGGGUUUGUCAAUCAUUACUUUGAGGGCAACAAACGAGUCCUGGACGCUCUGCCAAUGAUCUUGCGGGCUCCCGGCGGUGAUGGAAUGCGAAGCCCUCGAAAACUCAUGAGCAACAAGGCCACCAAGGGAAGAUUUCGGGACAGUCGGCGAUUUGUCUCGGGAGAGUUUCUAGAACCGUGA